AUGACUGCUAUUAACUACUUCAGUAAGCCCUUUUCACAACCUGCUGAAACUAAUGAUGGUAGAUUCAUUAGAAAUAUGGAGGCCAAGGUCAAUGACCAUGAUAACCAAUAUUUGGAGGAAUUCCCUAUCAUGGAGGAGGUAAAAAAUGCCAUUAUUCAUAUGGAUCCUAAUAGUUCCUCCGGACCAGAUGGAUACAAUGAUUCUCCUAAUUCCUUCUCUCAAUUCAGACCUAUUAGUCUUAGUAACUUCUCUAAUAAGAUCAUUUCAAAGAUCUUAACUAAUAGGCUUGCUACUCUUCUUCGUAAUUUGAUCUCUGAAAACCAGUCUGGGUUUGUUAAAGGCGGACUUAUCACUAAAAAUAUUUUGCUGACGCAACAAAUUGUGCAAGGAAUUAGGAAGAAGAAUAGAGGAGAUAAUAUUGUCAUUAAGUUAGAUAUGGCUAAAGCUUAUGACAUGUUAUUUUGGGCUUUUCUUAUCUCUAUUUUGAGAAAGAUUGGCUUCUCUGAUAACUUUGUGGAUAUGGUAUAUAAGUUUCUUGCUGAUGUAUGGUAUUCCAUCAUUAUCAACGGGGAGAGACAUGGUUUCUUUCAUUCAACAAGGGGUAUUAAACAAGGUGAUCCUCUAUCACCUAGUUUGUUCAUUAUUGCUGCAGAUUCUCUCUCAAGAGCACUCAAUCAUUUAUACGAGAAAGAUCAAUUCAUAGGUUUCUCUAUGAAUCCUAGAGGACCAAAGAUAAACCACUUAUGUUAUGCAGAUGACAUAGUGAUAUUCUCCUCCAGAAAUAAGAAAUCUAUUCAAAUGGUUAUGAAAAAAAUUAAUCAGUAUGAAGAGGCUUCUGGCCAAAAAGUGAACAUAGUGAAAAGUUAUUUUCUCACUGCUACACAUUCCUCUGUUACCAGAAGGGAUAUGAUGAAAAGAGUGACAGGUUUUAACCAUCAACACUUCCCUUUCAAAUACCUUGGUUGUCCUAUUUAUGAAGGGAGAAAGAAGAUUGCAUACUUCUAUGAGAUAGGAAAAGUUGUUACUAACAAGCUAAAUAACUGGCAAGGCAAAUCUGAUACUAAGAAGAAAUAUCAUUGGAGCUCUUGGGCAAACUUAUGUUAUCCAUACGAGGAGGGAGGUGUAGGCCUCAAAUCGAUGGAGGAUAUUAGUAAGACCUUUAGCUCCAAAAGAUGGUGGAGACUACGGACCACUGACAAUCUUUGGUCUAAUUUCAUGAAUUCUAAAUACUGUCAGAGAAGUCAUCCAGUGGUUAAGACAUGGGAUAAAUCUCAAUAUAGUGCUUGGUGUGAUUUAAAGAAGAUUAGGAAGGAUGUUGAACCUCAUAUACUUUGGAAGAUUAAUGAAGCUUCAAUUGAUUUUUGGUGGGACAAUUGGAUAGGAUCAGGUCCUAUUGCUAAUGUCACACACUUAAAUAACAAGCCAAGGGCUAUGAAGGUGAAGGUCUGUCUUUUGGAAAGACAAUGGAAUACUCAUAUGAUUGCUAACUUAGUCAAUGCUAAUAUUUUCAGAGACAUUGCAAACACAAGAAUUGGAGAUAGAAAUAGUAAGGAUCAACCUAUUUGGAAAGCCACCACUAGUGGAAUUUUCACUUGCUCAUCUGCAUUUGAUAUGCUUAGACAAAGAAGACGCAAAUGUCAUUGUCGUGCCCAACCAAAAGAUGAAUCCAUAGAACAUGUUUUCAUCAGUAGAGAAAUUGCAACUCAGUGCUUAACAACUGGUGGAGCUAUAAAGGAAAAGAGAGAUUACAAAGAAGAAACCACUAUUAUCCUUCCUAACCUUAUUUGUUGGGAGCUCUGGAAAGCUAGAUGCAGCUACGUAUAUGGUAAUAGAAGAACCAAUAGAAGCAGAAUAUGUCAACAAGUUUUGUACCUAUUGAAGAAUGAUCUUAAAAGAUUGGAUGAGAGGGUGGAUAUUAGUUGGACUUGGGAAAAACUCUGGAAGGAAAUGGAGACCAUUACGCCAGUUCUAAGUUGCAGGCCUGUCAUUUGGGACAAACCCCCUGACAACUGGCUUAAAAUUAACUCUGAUGGCAGUAGUAACAUUCUCAAGAGAAGAGCUGGUAUUGGAGGUAUUGUUAGAAAUAGAAACGGACAACUUAUUGUAACCUAUGUUCAAAAUGUCCAAUUCUGCACUAACAAUAGUGUUGAGGUACAUGCCGCUUCGUGUGGAAUGAAACUCUGUAAAGAUCUCAACUUUGGCAAUAUUAUCCUUGAAAUGGACUCUUUGAUUGUAGUCAAUAUGAUUAAAGGAAAGUACAAAGUUCCCUGGGAACUUAUGGAUAAGAUGGAGACGUUGAAAGACAUGUUACAACAACUUCAAGCACAGGUAGUUCAUUGCUACAGAGAGGGAAAUGCAGUCGCGGAUGCAUUAUCUAAAAUUGGAGCAGAAUCUCAACAUGAAAAUGCUAUGCUAUACGGAACCAUGAAAGACUUGCCAAGAGAAAUGGUGAGGACCCGUACCGGGAGGACGACGAUCAAGUACCCGAGCCCCCUGCCAGAGCCGGUAGAGGCAGGGGUCGGGGUAGAGGAUGACCACGUGGUGCAGCCCGAGCACCUGCAAGAGCUGCGACAUAGGAGCCCCCAACAGCUCCAGCUGGAGGGCCUGCACCGGAGAUUCCUAUUGCUACUCCAACCUUCCGGGAGAUUUUGA